UAAAGCACAAGCGGUCCGCAUGGCAGCUUCUUCUUCAUCAGCUUUUCUUGCAAUGAGAGAUGAAAAUGAGAACCAGCUUCAUCAGCAGCAGCAGCAGCUUAUUUCCUCCGCGCCAGCUUCUCAGCCCCAGGCGGCGUCCGCUUCUUCGUCGAUCAAGAAGAGAAGGAAUCAGCCUGGAAAUCCAAAUCCAGACGCGGAGGUAAUUGCACUAUCUCCCAAGACCCUAAUGGCUACAAACAGGUUUGUGUGUGAGGUUUGCAACAAAGGGUUCCAAAGAGAGCAAAAUCUCCAGCUCCACAGAAGAGGACACAACCUGCCGUGGAAGCUAAGGCAGAAGAGUACAAAAGAGGUGAAGAGAAAGGUGUAUCUGUGCCCGGAGCCCACUUGCGUCCACCACGACCCGGCCCGAGCCCUCGGAGACCUCACCGGGAUCAAGAAGCAUUACUCAAGAAAGCAUGGUGAGAAGAAGUACAAGUGUGACAAGUGCUCCAAGAAAUACGCGGUCCAUUCCGACUGGAAAGCCCACUCCAAGACUUGUGGUACUAGGGAGUACCGAUGCGACUGUGGCACACUUUUCUCUCGGCGUGACAGCUUCAUCACCCACAGGGCUUUCUGCGAUGCACUGGCCCAGGAGAGCGCGCGGAACCUGAAUCCGCCUUCCUUGAGCAGCAUUGGCAGUCACCUAUUAGGCCUCUCCCAAAUGUCCUCAGCGCAAGAUCAUCAAAUCAAUCAUCAGCCUAACUUGUCAAAUCAUCACGACAUUCUCCGGUUGGGCAGCGGUGGCAGGCCCAGCCCGCAGUUUGAAACCCUUGUGGGCCAGGGAUUUCGUCCUUCGGCUGGAAGCCUGCCACCUUCUCCAGCUCUAUUCCUGCAGCCACAAGUGGCAAUGAACCAUGAGGAAAACCAAUCUCCACAUGGAUUGUUGCCAAACAAGCCCUCACUUCAUGGACUCAUGCAACUUCCCCAACUCCAGGUUAACAAUGCUAACACCUCAUCUGCCUCCACAGCCAGUCUCUUCAACCUCAGCUUCUUCCCCAGCAGUAGCAACACCACUAGCACCAUGGACGGAAGCCACCACUCCGGUGGCGGAGAAGAUCACUCCACCCUCUUCUCAUCAGGUAAUCUCAUGAGCAUCGCGAUCCCCUCACUCUACAGUGCAUCGCAUGCCAUUCAAAACCCGAGCGCCGCACACAUGUCGGCAACGGCACUGCUCCAAAAGGCAGCGCAACUGGGCUCAACCACCAGCAACCCCGGCGCUUCCUCUCUGCUGAAAAGCUUUGGAAAGUCAUCAACCGACGAUCACCACUCGUCCCUCGACGUUGGCCACAGCUUUGCCGGUGGCUCACCAGCAGCAGUCUUCGGGGGGAACAUUAAUGGCGGAGGCAACCACCUGCAUGACUUGGUGAUGAACUCCAUUGCCAACGCCGGCGGCAGCAGCUCAUCAGGAACCAUAUUCGGCGGUUAUAGCACUGGGAAUCAUGAUGAUCAGCAAGAGAGCAGUAUUGGGCAUGAUCAUGAUCAUCAUCAUCAUCAGUACAGAGGAUUGAUCCGUGGUAAUAGUGGGAAAGAGCACUGGGUCUCAAAGCCAUGGAUUUGGAGGGGGGAAUUUGAAUUUCCAGUGAAGGGUGGAAAGCUUUGGGUUCGAUGAGGAAGACAAGAUCAUUUUAUUACAGGAGAUGAUCAUGUAUAGAUCUUGAUGAAGAAGAUGAUGGAUUUAGGGUUCUUGUCUGCAGCUGCGGAUGAAGGCGAUGGAUUCUGAUGAAUUAAAGAAGUAAUUGUACUACUUCUUCUUUGGUCUUAAUUACAUGUAUAAUCCUUAAUUAGCCAGCCCACAACUAGAAAAAUAUCAAGACAGGAGGA